GAAUGCCAUGAGCCAAAACCAAAAAACGCGUGUACGUGAAACAAACCAAAACAUUCGGCGGCGUUGGGUGUUUUUGCAAUAGUUCAACUGAAUAAUCGGAAAAAUAAUAUUCUUCACCUCAUGCAACAUGAUGGCCAAUGAUCUUUUUCGUAAGCUUUCGUGUGGUGCCAAGUUUUCCAACAAAAAUAAGCUACCGGUCAAAAGAAAGCUUGAAACUGGCAGUACAACAAGCCUCGCAAAAUUGAAGGUAUGCAUCAAGGCGGAACCGGACACCGGCCGCAAAGUGAAGGCUUCCAAAGUGACGAAAUCACUGGUAGCAACACCGGUAGAAGAUACGCGAAUAAAAAGCGAAGAUUCUUCGAGUGACGAUUCGGGAAGCGAACUGGAGAACCGGGACCAGAAAAAAUCAGUGCAACAAAAAAAGAUUGUACCUCCGGAGAAGGUUGAGCUGAUCAAUCAGCUUCGCUUGAACCGGCUGCGAAACCAGCACAAAAUCCAUGUAAAGAAAAGUCGGCACAGCCCCGAAGUGCCCAACAUCAUCGAAUCGUUCGAUCAGCUCAGCACUGACUAUGGUGUGUCGAACCGGUUGGUGGCGAACAUUCUGAGCUGCUACAGCACACCGACACCGGUGCAAAUGCAAGCCAUACCGAUACUACUGAAAACGCACUCGGUGCAUGCCUGCGCUCCGACCGGGUCGGGUAAAACGGCCGCCUUUCUGAUUCCUAUUCUACACCAUCUGAAGAAACCAAUGAAGUGCGGAUUCAGGGCGCUUAUCAUUUGUCCAACGCGCGAACUGGCGAAGCAGACGCAGCGGGAAGCACUGCGGCUCGGCGAUGAAAUGAACCUCCGUACGCACGUCAUACACAUGGUGGACGACCCGAAGAAGUGUGAUUACAGCUUCGCUAGCGGCCGCAGCUACGACAUACUGGUGACGACCCCCAAUCGAAUCUGCUAUCUGCUUUCGCAGAAUCCUCCGAAAAUCGAUCUUAGCAACAUUCAAUGGGUUGUGAUAGAUGAGGCGGAUAAAUUGUUUGAGGAUUCCAAAAACUCUUUCCGCGACCAGCUCGACACGGUGCUGACGGCAUGCAACAAUCCGAGCAAAACGAUAGCCCUUUUCAGUGCGACGCAAACGCGAGACGUCAAUCUGUGGGUAGCAAAAAACGUCCCCAACCGCAUCCGGUUCUCCAUCGGGCUCAUCAACGGUGCGGUCGAGCUGGUGGAUCAAAAGCUGCUCUUCACCGGCAGCGAAUCAGGGAAACUGCUUGCCUUCCGCGAGAUGGUAGCGCAAGGGCUGCACCCACCGGUGCUCGUGUUUGUGCAGAGCAAGGAUCGAGCACAGCAGCUGUUCACCGAGCUGAUCUACGAUGGGCUCAACGUGGACGUCAUACACUCCGAUCGUACGCAGCGCGAACGAGACAACGUGGUGCGCGCCUUCCGCGAGGGUAAAAUUUGGAUCCUCAUCUGUACCGAGCUGAUGAGCCGCGGUAUCGACUUUAAGGGUGUUAAUUUGGUUGUCAAUUACGACUUUCCGCCGUCCACCAUAUCGUAUGUCCAUCGUAUCGGACGGACGGGUCGCGCUGGUCGACCCGGGAAAGCUGUCACCUUUUUCACCAAAGACGAUACGGUUAAUCUGAAAAGCAUUGCGCAGCUGAUUAAAUCUGCAGGUGGGGAGGUGCCGGACUACAUGCUGCAAAUGCAUGGUAGCUCGAAGAAGGCACGAGACACUCUAACUCAAAAAGCACCGAAACGGGCCAUGAUUCGAACGAUUCCUACGUUCGAGCUUCAACAGCUCCAGCGCAAGAAGCGGUUCGUCAGCAAAAGCAAAGGUAAAAAUAAACCUAUGGUGGUUAGUAGUAACAGUAGUAACAAAAGUGCAAACGCUGGUAAAUCAAAGCGUUCUAAGCCGUCAGCGAGCAAAAAAUAAAAAGUGCGGCACCAUUGA